CAUCGGUAACGCCGGUCCAGCACAGCAGCAGGGUCGCUGGCCGUCAAUGUCAGAUGAAACAGCGGUUUGACAGGAGGCGUAAAGUGCGUGCGCCACAGUUCACAGUUCUGGACUUGGUCCGGGUCCGUCGGCCGCACUGGGGUCACAAAUUGCGCUCCUUCUGGUCGGCACCACUGCAGGUCACCAGUCAGCUAGGUGCAGCGACAUUCCGCCUCUCUCAUGGGUCACGGUGGCAUGCCAGCCGACUUCACAAGAUGGAGCAUGUCUCUUUCCCAGCAUUGUCUCGUGUUGCCAUCUGUGGUGGCACCCAUGGAAAUGAAAUGUCAGGAAUUUGUCUAGUGAGAGACUUGCAGAAACGACAAGUGAAAAAGGUGGGCUCAGUCUCUCUUACAACGGUACUAUCAAACCCAAGGGCCAUGGAAGCUUGCAGAAGAUACAUGGACACUGACCUCAACCGCUGUUUCACAAACGCACAGCUCAGUGCCCAAAUAACAGAUGACAGCCCCUACGAAGUGAGGCGAGCCCAGCAGCUGAACAUUCAGCUUGGGCCCAAAGGUAGCCAGGAAGGCUUCGACCUGGUUUUUGAUCUCCACAACACGACUGCAAAUGUGGAUCUGUGUCUUCUAUUUCAUGCUUCUGACCAGAUCGCAUUGCACCUUUAUAAAUAUAUUCAGGAAAAGAUAACAUCAGUGCCUGUCAGGUGCAUCCUGAUGCAACACUCACUUGCUGACGCUUACUCCCUUGACUCCCUGGGCAAGCAUGGCCUCUCAAUAGAAAUUGGACCACAGCCGAAUGGAGUGAUCAGAGCUGACAUCUUUCACUUGAUGAAAGACGCGGUGGACAAGUCACUAGACUGGGUUCAGAGUUUCAAUUCCGGAAACUUCUUCGAAGGGAGUGAAAUGGAAGCGUAUGUUUUAGAGCGCAGUGUGGACUACCCAAGAGACCCCAAAACACAUGAAAUUACUGCUGCCAUACACCCCCAACUGCAGGACAAUGACUUCUGUCUGCUCAAGCCAGGCGACCCGAUCUUUCUGUCAUUCUCUGGAGAAACCAUUAUAUAUGACGGGAAAGAACUCCAUCCGUUCUUUGUGAAUGAAUGUGCCUACUACGAGAAGAAAAUUGCUUUCCAUUUAGCUCGAAAGAUUACCCUGACCGUCCCAUCCAUAAGUGUGAAGAAAGACUGAUGGCAACAAGAAAGAGCAAGAGAUGCAGAG